UAUAUAGCAUAUGACCGCCAACACUGAAGUAACAAGCAAACUGAUGGAGGCCACGUCUCUGUUCUACUUGAUAACAGUCCUCACAAUCACCCUCCUCCUCAUCCUCUCCAGCCGCCGGCACAGCCACCUGAAACUACCUCCCACCAUCCCUGGUUUUCUCCCCAUCAUUGGUCACCUUCACCUUAUCGCCCGCUGGCCCUCUCAGCCCCUCCACCGCACCCUCGCCGUCCUCUCAUCCACGUACGGCCCAAUCCUCCACCUCCGCUUCGGGUCCCGCCUCGUCCUCGUCGUCUCAUCCCCCUCAGCUGCCGAAGAAUGCCUUACCACCAACGAUAGAAUCUUUGCCAAUCGCCCUUUACUUCUUUCUGGCAAGUACCUUGGUUUCAACCACUCCAUCCUCGGAAUCGCCCCCUACGGCCCCCACUCCCGCAACCUCCGUCGAAUCGCCACCGUCGAACUACUCUCCACCUCCCGCGUCGCCUCCUUAGCCCUAAUCCGUGCCGACGAAACCCAAUCCCCCCUCCGCCGCCAUCGCCGACAACAAUUGGAGUCGCGCCGAGAUGAAGACAAGAUUAAAGAGAGGGGAAUGAUGAGAUUGGGGAAGGAGACGGAUGAGAGGUUUCAGCGCAUGGUGUAUGAGAGGAGAAAGAGGAGAAGGGUGGUGGGGAAGGAGGAGGAGGAGGAGAAGACAUUAGCUGAUGUAAUGCUUGCUUUGCAGGAAGAGGAACCAGAGAGAUAUUCAGAUGCAAUCAUCAAGGGGAUGCUAUGGGCUUUAAUUGCAGCUGGAACAGACACUACAUCCGUGACCAUGGAAUGGGCGCUCUCUCUUCUCCUGAACCAUCCCAACACAUUAAAAAAGGUUAGAGAUGAGAUAGAUUUUCACGUAGGACAUGACCGUCUGAUCACAGAUUCAGAUCUCCCUCAUCUUCCCUACCUUCAAAACAUAAUCAAAGAAACUCUCAGACUAUAUCCAGCGGGUCCACUCUUACUCCCACACCAUUCAUCCGCAAACUGCACUGUAGAGGGUCGCCAAAUUGCAAGCGGCACGAUGCUGAUAAUAAAUGUUUAUGCGAUUCAGAGAGAUCCGAAGCUGUGGAAAGAGGCGGAGAGUUUCAGGCCUGAGAGGUUCGAUGAAGAAGAAGUAGCAGAAGGUUUUAAGUUCUUUCCCUUCGGUUCGGGAAGAAGAAGGUGCCCGGGAGAAGGGAUGGCGAACCGAGUGUUGGGCUUGACGCUUGGAGCUCUGGUUCAGUGUUUUGAGUGGGAGAGAGUUGGAGAAGAAAUGAUUGAUUUGAGUGAAGGGGAGGGGCUUACGCUGCCAAAGUUGGUUCCUUUGGAGGUGAAGUAUAAGCCUCGUGAGGCUAUGGUGAAUGUUCUAUCACAGCUUUGA